UCACUGUACCUCUAUGAAUCCCUGUCGUACUUGUCUUCAUCCCAGACGAAAUAAUAUAGCGAUAGUGUCAAUUUGGUCGUAUAGAGGAAUCAAUCAAAAAAAGAAUAGCUGUUAGUAGUGAUCACUCAUAGCUUAAAGUAUGGUAAUGUUAACAUUAGAUUGGUUUCUUUAUUAAGGCUACAUUGUCCGUUGAGGGGGUUAGGCUACAUCGUGGAGUUAAAAGGCGUACCAGUUGUGUCCUGGUUCUGUCAGAUGAACAAAUCGUAAGAAGUCGACACGACUCACGCAUGUUUCCAGCUGACAACAUACUAUUAGUGAAGCCCCCCCCGUCAUGGUAUCUCCAUCUUUUCUCCUCCUCUUCCCCUCCCUGGGUUGGCUGUCUGCUGUGACAUCAUCAGAUCCCUUUGUCCAUGCUCCUCAUUUCACUGGGUGUAAAUCCAGGGAGCUUGUGACGUUUAGCUGUUGGUGGAGCGCCGGAAGCUUCCAGAAUCUCACGGAACCCGGAGCACUGCAAAUGUUCUACUGGAAGAAAACUGAUUUGACGAAAGAAUGGAGGGAGUGCCCUGACUACUCCUCCUCUGUGAAGAAUGAGUGUUUCUUCAAUAAGAACAACACAGUUAUCUGGACGACCUACUGUGUGCGGCUCAGCUCCAAAAGCCAGAACAUCACCUACGAUGAAUUGUGUUUCGAAUUGCAGGACAUCGUGCACCCUGAUCCCCCGGUGGCCCUGAACUGGACGCUGUUGAACGUCAGCCGGUCGGGCCUGAACUAUGACAUCAUGGCGAGCUGGGAACCCCCGCCCUCGGCUGACGUAUCCGUUGGAUGGUUGACACUGGUGUACGAACUCCAGUUCAGGAGGAGGAACAGCUCACACUGGAAAGUGUUGGAGCAUGAGUUUGGCACUCAGAAGUCAAUCUACGGCCUUAUUACAGGAGAGGAGUAUGAGGUGCGCGUGCACUGCUCAAUGAGGGCCUUCAAUAACUUUGGGGACUUCAGUGAUGCCAUCUUUGUCCAUGUGUCAGAGAUUCCCAGUAAAGAGUCCACGUUCACUGUGACUCUGGUCCUGAUCUUCGGGGCUGUGGGAGUGGCCAUUUUCCUCAUGCUCAUCAUCUUCUCUCAGCAGCAGAGACUUAUGGUGAUUCUUCUGCCUCCUGUUCCUGCACCCAAAAUCAAAGGGAUUGACACAGAACUGCUUAAGAAGCGAAAGCUGAAUGAGCUGAACUUCCUCCUGAGUGUUGGUGGCAUGGGGGGUCUCCACCCCUACCCCCCUGACCUGUACCAGGACGAGCCCUGGAUGGAGUUCAUCGAGCUGGAUGCAGACGAGCCUGAGCCUGGGGAGAAGGAGGACAACCAGAGCUCGGACACACAGAGACUGCUGAGCCUGGGUCACAACAACCACUGCACAAACCAUGGCUGCUCUCACACCCUCAGCAUCCCUGAUAAUGACUAUGAUCCAGAGCUGCCUGACCAGGAGACCCUAAUGUUGAUGGCUGCCCUCCUGUCCAGCCAACCUGAAAAAGUUGAACCCUGCCUGGGGAACCGGCGGAGCCAAUCCAACCCCCCGGCUCUAGAGGUGCUGGAUGUCCCAUGCCCAAGGCUCCAAGCUCCAGAGGGAGGGGAGAGGCCCCUGGUCCAGACCCAGCUGGGAGGCCCUCAUAGCUGGGUCAACAUUAACUUCUAUGCCCAGGUCAGCGAUGUAAUGCCCGCCGGAGGGGUGGUGCUCUCACCAGGCCAGCAGGUCAGAGCCCUGGAGAAUGCUAUAACAACAGAGGAGGAUAAGAAGAUUGGGAAGAUGGAAGAAGGAGAGGAGGAGAGUGAAGGGGAGGAGGAGGAGAGGAUAAAUAAGAAAUUGCCAUCUCAGCUGCUGGUGGUGGAUCCUGAGGCUGGGGGCUACACAACAGAGAGUAGUGGCCGGCAAAUCAGUGCCCCUGACCCCUCCUCACCUGGGGAGGUUUACCACGCCUUCCCCCCACCUCCCCCCUAUCUCCUGCAUACCACCCCCCUAGGGGACUACCAGUCCCUGUACAUCCUUCCCAACUCCCCUGCUCAGUUCCUGCCCCCUGUUUUGGACUACACUGUGGUUCAAGAUGUUGACUCCCAGCAUAGCCUUCUCCUCAACCCUCCUUCCCCCCAGGGGUCCCCCUCCUGCCCCCCACAACCACCCUCCAAGCCCCUGCCCACAAUGCCCAUAGGGUAUCUCACCCCGGACCUGUUAGGCAACCUCUUGCCUUAAAAAAAAACACCUCCCAGGAGGCCUUGGGGCAUAGAGCUCCGAGUUGACAGUCCAGGAAGUCAGUAAUCAUCCCAGAAAGACAGUCGUGUUCUACCUGAAACCAAAUAUGUUACGGGACAGACAGGCACAGUGUUUUGUUUGAGAGGGUGACGGAAGGGAAGCUGGGAAAGAGAAACGUUUAGAUGUUGUGUUUGGGUUUUAUAUAAGUGAUACUGGAACUUGAGGAAAGAGGAAAUUGGCCUUUCUGGUUUGACAGAGCUUAAAGGAAGACUUGUGUUGAACACAUCUGUCUGACUAAGACCGAGACACCCAAAAACCCACAGUCUGAAACCUUUAAAUGCACAGAUUUCUAAUAUAACGUUACACACAGAUAAACUUAUGCACCACAAAUACGCAGACAGACAAGCUCAGACAUGAUUCUAGUUGUAUGUUAUCUGAUACUUAAAGGUAUCUAUCAUUUGACUGAUUAAGUGCAAUGUAAACAUUUUCCUUGCAGACACACCCAGUCCCACCUUAAUGUUUCCUACUAUGAUCUAUUUUAGAAAUGCCAGAGAGAAGUGAGUAAAGAAACAAGCUCACAUAUGUCAUAUAACAUAUAGAUAUUUAAUACUGUAGCAUAUUGGCUUAAGUCUUAACUAUACUGUAGAUGGAUCAAGUAACAGAAUGUAAUGGAGAAUAACAAGCACAUUUAUACAAUCACACACGCGCACACAUUUACAUCAUCGUUAUCGCCUCAUUAAUUGACAGGACACUUAAGUGUGCUGUUUUGUCAAACUUACCGCUACAAUGAGCGCAAAGUGACUAUUGGUGACUAUUGUCUUUCAUUUAGCAUUCGUUAUUUUGCUUAGUAGCACAUUUUCAUGCUUAUAUUUAGCUUUGAAUUCUUGCAGCAGAAUCAUCGAAUCGUUACCAGACUGAGGUCACAGUAUUGAACACAGCCAUUAGACAACCUGUCUGUACUCAAUGUGAAAACUCACUCUGAUUACCAUAAUAAAUAGAGAACAAGGCAGCUCAUAACAGUGAACAUGUUUCACUUGUGUAAUGAGACAUUAACAAGCACAGACUGGAGUCUCACAAUACAGGAAAGACUGCUUUUGUUUGUUCUACUUACUUUGCCUUCAUUUUAAUUGCAGGGACAAUAACUGAAAAUGUGUAAAGAGGUACUUAGGAUAUGUCUUUCUCCCUGUGUUUCUGCUGUUCUCAAAGCAGUUGCAAUGCCAAUGUUAAUGUGCUGUCGCUUGAGCUUUAUGAUAGUGGAAUGAGCCUCUUUUGAUGUAGUGAAACGUACUUCGACACUCGGGGUUUUCUAUAUGCACCCAACUUUGCAAACAUGCCCAAGCAAGCACGCACACACGCAAGCACAUACAUACACACCAUUUCAAAACGUGGAAAAGACCGUAUCUACUUUUCUUUUGAGCUGACAUAUACACACGCACACACAUUGUUGUGAAAAAAAAACAACUGGUGGUGAAUUGGAAAUGUACUAGUUUGUGUAUCUGAUCUGCAUUAGUAAUUGACAAGACGCUCCGUAGACAGCAGAUCAUACAUGUAUCAUCAGAAGAAAGAUCAUCUUCAUCCCGAAGAGAAACCCAUCAGAUCCAGUGGUUGGGUGAGCAGCUGGAGUAUGUGUUUGGUGUUGGACAUUGUACAGUGUAGUCAUACUUGUUCAUAGGCUAUGGAGCGCUUUAAAGGUGGAUGUGAACCUUUCAGGGCCAUCAUUAUUGGAGAGUCUUGUCUCUGUGUAUGACUGUGGCAUUCUGUCAGAUCCAUUCAGCGUAUACACUCUUAGGGAAAGAAAAGGGUUCUUCGGCUGUCCCCAUAGGAAAACCCUUUGGUUCCAGGUAGAACCCUUUUGGGUUCAAUGUAGAACCCUCUGUGGAAAGGUUUCUACUUUUAUUUAACUAGGCAAGUCAGUUAAGAACAAAUUAUUUUUUACAAUGACGGCCUACUCCAGCUAAAGCUGGACGACGCUGGGCCAAUUGUGCGCCGCCCUACGGGACUCCCAAUCCCGGCCGGAUUCAAACCAGGGACUGCAGUGACGCCUCUUGCACUGAGAUGCAAUGCCUUAGACCGCUGCGCCACCCGGGAGCCGCUGCGCCACCUUGGAACCGAAAGGUUUCUACCUAAAACCAAAAAUGGUUCUUCAAAGGGUUCUUCUAUGGGGACAGCAGAAGAACCCUUGUAGGUUCUUGAUAACACCUUUUUUCCCAAGACUGUACAAACUGCAUCACAAGGACUGAAAGCCUAUCUGUAAGUGCAGAAUAUCUUACUAUUUUGUGGUGUUCCCUACAGGAGCUCUUGACCGUUACGAUUCGUAAAUAUGAAACAUAUAUUAUGCCGGCACGUUAAGAAUGUUCAGUUCAGAGUUCAACAUGGACAAUAUCACUUUUCAGUUGUCUAUUCAACAAUUCAUGAAUGAUGAUAAGUGUUUUUAAACAGAUAAUAUCACAACACAACCCGUUCAAGUGUGCCAUUCUCUGGCAUGCUUAUUCUCUCUCGCUCUCUCAAGUGAACUGCUGCUGCCGCCAUUGCUGCCAUUGCUGAUGAGACCAGCAUGCAAACAUUGAAACAGAAAUCUACAAGUGCCGUAACAACUAUGUGUGUUGUAUUUUGUUUUGUUACUAAUCAGAAAUGUUGCUGUUAGGUACAUUUCUCCGCCUGUAUUCAGCCAUACCUCGGGCUUAUACAUUAGGGUGCAACUUCAUAGAAGGUUGAGAUCGAAAUGCGUUGUCUUCAACAGACAUCAUUCAAUGUUGUGAAGUAGAAUAUGAAAAAGUGUCAGCUCUAUACAUUGCAUUUCUAUCUGCAGCAUUCUAAAACUUUGCAACAAACUGAAUAAGCCAGAGGUGCCUUUGUGUAUAUACAGUAUAAGGAAAGAGAUAUCAGAUUAUUUAAGUACUCAUAUAACAUUUGUGACAGGCCGGCUCAAACCAGUCUUAUUUAGCAAAAUUUGAAAUUGUCUUAGCUAACAUUCGGCUAUAACUAGCCAAGAAAAUGGCUCUGAGAUACGAAAUAUUAAGAUCAUCCACAUAACGUUAGCUAGCGAGCCAGCCAGCUAACGUUAGCUAGCUAACAGCACACUUUAACUUGAAAUAAAACCACUUUCUGUCAAAAUAGAAACGUGUAAUAUCUUAAAAUGUAGCUAGCUAGACCGUAUACAUCAUGAUUCAUGGAUGGACCCAUCUCCUGUCGGAUGCCAUGGUUGCCCUUAGUUUGAAGAUGUAAUCCGGAGACAGGUGGUUUCUCCAGCUCCUUAGCUAUCAUACUCGAAUUCCACUAAUUUCAAAACUCGGUCCUCCAGAAAGUGGAGAGCAACAGUUAUGCAGUUUUACUACUCGAUACAUUAAAACAAAAGUCGUGUUAGACAGGAUUACCUAGACAUACUGACCAGCUCAGAUAGACAGAAGCGUGCUAUAUGUUCGAGAAGAAAAAAAUUGAUUCAAAAAACGGCUCUCCUAUGAAGUAGUGACCUGUGACAUACGCCUAGUUUCCUGAAACGAGUCACAUUUAUGGAUGUUUGAAAAGUUACAGAUAUAGGAAGAGAGAACGGAGAACAACUCUAUUCAAGCUUACGAGACAUCUGUUUACCAUUUGUGCAGUGGUGGAAAAAGUACAUGAUCAUACUUGAGUAAAAGUAAAGACACCUUAAAAGAAAAUUACUCAAGUGAAAGUCACCCACUAAAAUAUUACUUGAGUAGAAGUCUAAAGGUAUCUAGUUUAAAUGUGGAAAAAGUUCUCAAUUGUCAUACUUGAGUAAAAGUACAAAGUAAAAGUAAAUGCUAUACAUGAAAUUCCUUAUAUUAAUCAAACCAGAUGGCACAAUUUUCUUAUUUUUAAAAUGUAUUUACGGACAGCCAGAGACACACUCCAACACUCACAUAAUUUACAAAUGCAGUAUUGGUGUCUAAUUAUUCUACCAGAUCAGAGGCAGUAGGGAUGACAACGUGUUAUAUUGAUAGGUGCGUAAAUUGGACCAUAUUGCUCUCCUGCUAAGCAUUCGACAUGAAACGAGUACUUUUGCGUAUCAGGGAAAAUGUGUGGGAGUAAAAAGUAAAUACACUAUAUGACCAAAGGUAGGUGGACACCUGUUAUAUAUCCAUAUUUUUCUCCCUGUCCAUAUUUUGAAUUUCAGACUAAAUCAUGUAUCUGUGAAUUAUCUAUCAUGAAUGCAGAGCAGAAUCUGUUUUUACAUUGUAAACUCAGCAAAAAAAAAAACGUCUUCUCACUUAUUUUCAGCAAACUUAACAUGUGUAAUAUUUGUAUGAACAUAACAAGAUUCUACAACUGAGACAUAAACUGAACAAGUUCCACAGACAUGUGACUAACAGAUUUGGAAUAACGUGUCCCUGAACAAAGGGGGGGAGGGGGGGGGGUAAAAAUCAAAAGUAACAGUCUGUAUCUGGUGUGGCCACCAGCUGCGUUAAGUACUGCAAUGCAUCUCCUUCUCUUUGACUGCACCAUAUGUGGCAGUUCUUGCUGUGAGAUAUUACCCCACUCUUCCACCAAGGCACCUACAAGUUCCCAGACAUUUCUGGGGGGAAUGGCCCUAGCCUUCACCCUCCAAUUCAACAGCUCCCAGACGUGCGCAAUGGGAUUGAGAACCAGGCUCUUCGCUGGCCAUGGCAGAACACUGACAUUCUUGUCUUGCAGGAAAUCACACACAGGACGAGCAGUAUGGCUGGUGGCAUUGUCAUGCUGGAGGGUCAUGUCAGGAAGGCUACCACAUGAGGGAGGAGGAUGUCUUCCCUGUAAUGCACAGCAUUGAGAUUGCCUGCAAUGACAACAAGCUUAGUCCGAUGAUCCUGUGACACCGCCCCAGACCAUGACACAGCCUCCACCUCCAAAUCGAUCCCGCUCCAGAGUACAGGCCUCGGUGUAACGCUCAUUCCUUCAACAAUAAAUGCAAAUCCGACCAUCACCCCUGGUGAGACAAAACCACGACUCGUCAGUGAAGAGCACUUUUUGCCAGUCCUGUCUGGUCCAGCGACGGUGGGUUUGUGCCCAUAGGCGAAGUUGUUGCCGGUGAUGUCUGGUGAGGACCUGCCUUACAACAGGCCUACAAGCCCUCAGACCAGCCUCUCUCAGCCUAUUGCAGACAGUCUAAGCACCGAUGGAGGGAUUGUGCAUUUCUGGUGUAACUCGGGCAGUUGUUGUUGCAAUCCUGUACCUGUCCCGCAGGUGUGAUGUUUGGAUGUACCGAUCCUGUGCAGGUGUUGUUACAUGUGGUCUGCCACUGCGAGAACGAUCAGCUGUCCGUCCUGUCUCCCUGUAGCGCUGUCUUCUCACAAUACGAACAUUGCAAUUUAUUGUCCUGGCCACAUCUGCAGUCUUCAUGCCUCCUUGCAGCAUGCCUAAGGCACGUUCACACAGAUGAGCAGGGACCCUGGGCAUCUUUCUUUUGGUGUUUUUCAGAGUCAGUAGAAAGGCCUCUUUAGUGUCCUAAGUUUUUCAUAACUGUGACUUUAAUUGCCUACCGUCUGUAAGUGUUAGUGUCUUAACGACCGUUCCACAGGUGCAUGUUCAUUAAUUGUUUAUGGUUCAUUGAACAAGCAUGGGAAACAGUGUUUAAACCCUUUACAACGAAGAUCUGUGAAGUUAUUUGGAGUUUUACGAAUUAUCUUUAAAAGACAGGAUCCUGAAAAAGGGACGGUUCUUUUUUUGCUGAGUUUAUAAGAAUUGGACGGGGAGAAACCUAUCAAUAAGCUUCAAUGACAUUCUUUACAAUAUUGCCUUGGUAUUCACCAGAAAGAUAAGAUAAUGUGUGUGCUGAUCGGCCUAUAAGAAACAUUCCUACAGAGUAUUUUGUAUAUGGUCUUACAGUAUAGAUACAGUAGUACAAGUAUUAUUUCAAGACAUAAGCCAAUAUCUUGCUGUAACUAAACCCUAUAUUGUCUUUUGCUUUUCUACAAUCCCAUGUCAUUUGUGUCAAAGACAUCUUAACAUUUUCAUAUGUUGACAUUAAAAGAGAGACGAGGGGGGGCUAUAGUGACUUUUAAAUCAUUACGCGGAUUCUGUUGCGAAGCGGUUCUUAAACGGUUUCUUAAAAUGGUAGCAAACGGGGAGGGAUUUACCUCAGUUUGUCCAUUAUAAACUAUAGUUUUAGUUGCAAAACGUUCCACUGGCUCAGGUUUUUUGUUUGCUUGACGUUGAUUUGCUAGUGAUGAUAUUGGCUAUACAGCAUGCUUGACAUCAUUUGACAGGAUCUGGUUCAAGGGGCUUGAUGUUCGACGGGUUUCUCAUGCUUAAGUUGGUGUGUUCUGAAUUGUUUUCCUCUUUUGUUUAAUGUUCAAUAUCUUUCAAAAAGGUACACAAUAAAUAUAUAUUAUCUUUGUCAGUUA